UCGUGUACCUCUAUAAAAGUCGAAACACGCCGCGCGCGCGAUCGACAUCAUCAUUGCGCCUGGCUGUACCCCACGGAUACGGCGCAUGUGCUCUCUAUCAUUCCCCUGCAUAUUAUACGUUCGCAGCCGCGGUGCCCGUUUGUUUCCGUAAUUCCUCCGAGACGAGGCGUCCGACGUUCGCCUCGGAGCUCUCUCUCUCGUUUGUUUAUUUUUUUGUUUUUUUUUUUUACACUUUUUUCCCUCGGUUGUCAAAACUAAGUUCAAAUAAUUUUAAAAAAAAAUUAAAUUAAAUAAAAAAUAUUAUAAACAAUUCAAAAACCGUUUGAUCGCCAUACAGGAAACAGGAAUAUUUCGACUAUUGUUUUACAUGUGAUACUAUAAUAUUAAUAAUAACCACUGGAACUGAUAAAUUUACUACAUUAUAGUCAAUUUACUAAAGGCGCGCGUGUGAGUUUUUUUUUUAAACACAAAGAAGUAUAUAGAUAUAAAUCGGCCGGGGUAUAUAUACAUCAAUAAACAUAUACCAUAUAUAUGUCCAUGCGAUAACUUCGUACAGUCCUCAAACACCCACAAAUACACGAUCGCAAUGUGAUGACGACGACAGUGAAACUAAAAGCGUCAUUAUAACUUUAAACGUGGUUCGGUGGCGAGCCGGGCCGGGGCCAUGGACAGGGCCGACCGCCUAGCCCGGAGCUUGGAGUUGGAGAAGGCCUACGUGCACGACACUUACCAGGAGAUGUACCAGCCCUCGCAAAGGACCAAACCGUGGCCGAAGGUGACGCAGUUCCUGCACGACUUGGAGCCCGGAUCACUCGUGUGUGACAUCGGUUGUGGUACAGGAAAAUAUUUAUCAACCAACCCGCAUGUGUUCAAAGUAGGCGUUGAUCGUUGCUUGAGGUUAACUGAAAUAGCUAGAAGUCGAGACAGCGAAGUUUUGGUGUGUGACAAUCUAACCUUGCCAUUCAAAGACUGUAGUUUAGAUGCGGUAUUAUCAAUAGCUGUCAUUCAUCAUUUUUCAUCAACAGAAAGACGUGUGUGUGCUUUACGAGAACUAGCCAGGGUACUUAGAAUUGGUGGUCGUAUAAUAAUUACAGUAUGGGCAAUGGAACGACGCCAUAAAAAUUUUGAAUCUCAAGAUGUUCUAAUGCCCUGGCAUAAGCCCUGUAGAAAUUUCGGAAGUGAAUCGACAGAAUUUUCUACAACCACAACCACAUCUGAUGAAGAAUACAUAAGCACGAGAAAAAAAUCUAAUUCUGAUUCAACAACGAGUACUAAAAUGUGUUGCGAGAGAAAAAAUAAGCGUAAGGAACAAUCAAAUUGGAGAAAAGGAAUAACGAGUUCUCCGAGUAGUUCUAGUUUAUCAAGUCCAGGAACCGAAACUUGUUAUAGUUUUGUUCGGAAAGCGAUACAGAAGCUUGCCGGUUCAACUAAGCGAGGUAAAGUAUCAUCAAAACCUUGGUUUGUUAGUUCUUGGACAUCACUUUAUGGUACUGAAUUACCAUCAGUGCUGCGUUCGGAUCCCGAAGGAUGUGAGACUUGCAACGAAGACGUACUUAAUGUUCCUAUAGAACUUAGACGAAUGGAAGAUUCACCAGACUCAAUGCCGAUUUUCAAUCGAACACCUACGCAUAAAUCUAAAAGUUUGAGCGACAUCAAAAACACUACGGAAAAACGGAUGGUACGAUCGAGGUCAAGUAUACCGGAAUUGGAGAAAUCAAUGCCUCUAACACAUUCAAAGCCUAAAUUAGUAAAACAAAAACAAUCAUUAUGUGAUGAGGAUGCAGAAGAAGAUAGAGAUAAAGCUACUGACAUGAAAGAUUUGGUUAAUAAGUUACCUCAAUUUGAUGUUUGUAGUGGUUCAAAAAGAUAUAGGUAUAAAAGUAAUGAAAUUAAACAAAGAUCCAUGAAUGAAGAACUUAUGUCAGUAGAAAGACUCAAAGAAAAAGAAAUCGUACAAAAGAACAUUCAGAGGCAAGCAUCGUUAAAUGAAGAGCUUAUGUAUAGCACGCGUACAUUGGAAUCCAUUAAAGAUACAAUACAAUUGCUCAAAACAGGAUUCACAAAAACAUUUAAAAAUCCAUCCAGUCAGGUAUCUGACAACAUUAAAAGUGGACUUAGUAGAAUGUUAGGAUAUAAGGAAGGUUGUGAAGAAAAGGUUAGUGAUGAAAAAAAAAUAGAAAUGCCAGUUCCCGCAUUGGUAACUACAACAUGUUGUGACGGACGCAGAAGUUCCCGUGAAGAUGGUUCUUCAGAAGAUUCGUCAAAAGACAGUCUACAGAGUGAUGCUAGUGUUGAUUCUGAGGAUAGUCUGAGUAGUUUAGCAUCUGUUAUAUUUGUAAAUGCGACUGGUGGAUCUGACAAAACAUGUUCGCCACCAUUAGUCGAACAACAAGCACGAACAGCUCCAUGUACGCCCACUGCUAAAUCUCAGAGUCAAUACAGGUCAUCUUCACAUCCAAACACGCCAAAAACAGCGCCUAUUCAUCCAUCUCAUUUUAAAUUACCUGCUAGAUUCAACUCUCAGAAUGGAAAUGAACCGUAUCAGUUAAAUUUAUCGACAGAACAACAAAUCGAUGAUAAUUUGAAACCCAUCAAAUUAUCACCCGUGAAAACAGCUAUAGAAAUGAAGCUUAAAAGAGAACAAGAAAAAGAUCAAGAAUUAGAACGUAGAGAUCAUGUUUGUGAAGGUGGAGAUCAAAAUGCACGGCCUAAAGAAAGAAUUAGUGCAGAAAAGCUUAAACAAAUUCAAGAUCUUCUUUUAAAUACUAAACCAGUAACUGGACGUAAUCGUCUUCCAAAAGCAGAUCGAACUUUUUCUGGUUUACGGGGAAGACACUUCAUUAAAACAGUAGAAGAAACAUUUCAUCCAGAAAUAGACGAUAUGGAUAGUGAUGCUGAAUCCUCGUCCUCGGAUUCUGUUAGCAGUGUUAUAAGUGUAGUGGUGGAAGAUGAACACAAAAUUACAGAUAUCGAAUUUGAUGAACCUUUCAAUGUAAAAACACUUGCAAGACCUGAGGAUGAAUUCCCAACGGAAUAUAUUAAUUUAGAAGAAUGUUCUUCAGAAUCUGCCGUAAUUAAAAAAGAUUCGAACAAUAAAGAAGAUCUUAGCCCUAAAGAAGAUGAUAGCUCGAAAGAAGAGCCUAGCCCAAAAGAAGAUCCUAGCUCGAAAAAAGAUCCUAGCCCGAAAAAAUAUCCCAAUUUAAAAGUAGACUCCGUUCCGAAAGAAGAUCCCAACCCGAAAGAAGAUCCCAGCCCGAAAGAAGAUCCCGGUCCAAAAGAAGAUCUCAGUCCAAAAGCUGAUCAUAGCCUAACAGAAGGACCUAGUUCAAAUGAAGACCGUGACCUCAAAGAAGAUCAACCUAAUCCUACUAACCGAUGGAGCCUGCAAGAACAUCCUAACAAAGGGACGGCAGUUCGCAACAGUCCAAGUCUUGGUUCAAUACCAAAACAUAAAAGGGCCAGUAAGUGUUCCAAGGAUGAGCUUUCAGAUUUGCCAGAAACAUGGGACGAGGAAUGUCAAAAGCAUCUCGUUGACUUUGCUGAAAGAUUAAACAAAGAAUUGCGGGCAGCAAUAGGCAUGGAAUCAGCAGAAGACCCAAAUAAGGCACUCGACGAUGUAGCAGACAAACCUGAAAAAGUUGAGCUGAUGCAAUAUUUCCAUCAGCUAAUGCGACCUGAUGAAAUAUUGUCGGACCCGUCAUCUUCCGACGGACAGCUAGAAGACGAAUCACUGGACUACCACCGGAUCGAAAUACUGGCUGGAUCCGAGGCACCUCGCCGGCCCAGCAUUUCUGUUGAAACGCAAGACUCUGUGGAUAAGGUCCUGCGGAGCCGGGAGGGAUUCCGGUCUCGGCUCUAUCGUAAGUCAGUAGAGUCAGCCGAAGACCGACACGCAUCCCUGGAGCUGGAGUGUGACUCAAGGCGCGACACGGUUUCCAGCAGCCAGGUAUCGCUUCUUCGACCUGGUAACUCACUUGAAUCUAAUGACACUGCAGAUACGCAUACCACUACACAGAGUACGACUUCUCUGACAUCGUGGAGUGACUGUAGUAAGGAUACAAGGUUCGCCGAUCGGAGACAGGCACGAUGCGAUGGCCGAUCAUCGUCAGAAGAAACAGAUCCUAGGCGGGCCGCCGUCCUAGUCCGCCAGCACGCAGCUGUUGAGAUUCCAGAAAUGUCCAAGAGUGACGACACGUGUAGCUUAUCCACCUCACAAGAAUCUCUAUCUGAACACGGUGGCGGAUCUAUAACAUUCCACAGGUACUACCAUGUGUUUAGGGAAGGUGAACUCGACCAGCUGAUCGAGAAACAUGCCGAUAAUUUACACAUUAUUUCUUCGUAUUAUGACCAAUCAAAUUGGUGCGUUGUCGCUGAAAAGGUACAGGUGUGGACUAUUUAAAAAAUAAUGAUCUGUUGGAAAAGAAAAUAUUUCAAGACUAUGAUUUUUAAAAUAAUUUCAAAACCGUAUAGGUGGGUAUUCAAACAUCAAAGUAUCAAACCUAUUCGACUUUAGGACAUGUGAGUCAAAUAAUAAUUUUUCAAUAUUAUUGUAGAUAUUGUUAGUGGUGUAGCUAUUGAAGAGAUAACUGUCUCAAUUUCUUCAGGGCAUAAACAUUUUUUCGAGACUUACAACACUAUUUUAGUGACAAAGAGUAUAAUUUCUAUUAUUUUAACCUUUAGGGGUGAAAAAAUAUUUUGCCUCGGCGCACUUUUAUGUGUAACUGAUGUAGUGAUGGGUAUACAUUACAUUUAUAUAAGAUGUAAUGAAUAAAUGAUCUAUUCACAUAUAUAAUAUAAAUAAUAUUUCAUAUAUAUUGUUUUCGAAUUAUACGAAGAUACAUUUUUCAUUUGAUGUUGUGGUGUUUUUAGCUCAUUAUUUACAUAUAAUAUAUUAUAAUAAUUCGUUUUUGAUAUCCAACUAUAAUAUACCUAUAUAACUACGUUACAUAAGCUGCUUAGCUUUAUUUAAAUAGAUAUUAUGUCUAGUUUCCAUGUUAAAAGUUGAAUAUACAAUGUACAAAUAAAAUGUUUAUUCGAACCUAUAUUACAGAUAAAUUUAAAGUCAUUUUUCUAAGUUACUAUUGCUUAACCAUAACUAUAGUUAUAUUGGUAGUCUAUACUUGACCAUUUUCGGAGGAUAUGAAGAUAUCAUAUUCACUCCACCAAUUGAUUAUGUGUCGUUGUCAUUUGCUGUAAAAUUUCUAUUUGUUUUAAUUAAUCUUGAGUUUUUGAGUUUAUUGUCCAUUAUGGCUCACUCUUAAAAUAAUCAAUGUUCCGCCUCUGUAGUUAAUUCUGGAUGUAAAACCUAACAAAUAGACAAUGAUGUUAUAUUUUUUGUAUUUUUACUAAUACAAUUUAAUAUGACGCAUAGUUUAUAAAAUAACUUAUAAGUGUAGGUAUAAACAAACAUUAAACAAAUUUACUAUGUACCUAUUAUAAACACUUUUUUACCAUUAAUUAAUUAGAAAAAUUUGAAAUUAAAACAAGUGCCUGUUUUAAAUUUGUCUCAAUUUUAAAGUACAUUAUCAAGUCAUUGCACACAAAUAUAAAAAUAAUAAUGCUGAUAUUGUUUCAAUAUGUAAAUUAUUAUAUAGUACCUAAUAAUAUAUAAGAUCAUAUCAUAAAUCAAAGUAUGACAGAAAACAAAAUAAUACGAAUAAAACAUUUGUACUAAACGUAAAUUUAUUUAUAUUAAAUCAAAAUAUUUCCAAAUAAUUCAUAACAAUUAUAAAAUGCUUUUAAUUUAAUUCAAUAACGUUUCUAUUUUUUCAUCUAAUUGUCAAAAAAAGUUGAGUAUAUUAUUAUACACAACAAAUGUUCGACAUUUCUUUGUACGUAUCUAAUAUUUAUUAGGUAUCUUAUAUGUUAUACACUUAUUAUGAUUUAAUUUAAAAUAAAAUAUAAAGUAAACAUUACAAACACCAUAUUUUUAAAAUUUACUACGCCAGCACCACUUUCUAUGAAAUUAAUUUCUUAUAACAAUCAACAUUGUAUACACAUACAAAUAAAUUUAAUUAGGUACUUAAUUAAUAUUGUCAAAGUUUAAUUGCACUUACUAAACACUAAAAAUGAAUUUAAUUAUUUAUAAUUUAAUUCUUUGACAAAUGACUGAGAACAACGGUGUUAUUAAUUUAUUGUUAUUAUCGUUAUAUUUUUAUUGUCAAUAAAACGGCCUAAAUCAUAUUAAUAAUAUCCAUAAUCUACAUGUUAAACAUUUUAAUAAUCAUUUUAAUUUUAUAUCUGUCUUCCAGCUAUAUAAAUAUUCAUUUUAUUCUUAUAGUGACAGUCAUUAUCUUAAUAGUAACGUACAAAAAAAUAUGCAAAACAAAUUUGAUCGUUUUACAUAUUUUGUGCCUAUAACAUAGUUUGAGUGAUGUUAUUGUGAAUUGAAUACCGGGCUCUUUGAUUCAGACUUAUACUGCCAUUAAUUUAUAGUUGUUACUAGGUGUAAGAUAUAAAUAUAUACUGUGACUAAUAAUUAUUAUGAUAUUAUAUUAAUUAUAAAUAUAUAAAUGUAAGAAUAUAGCUAUAGUAGAUACAGGAUGUAUUAGACCUUCGAGGUGAUAAAAAACAACAAUUAAUUAUUUAGCUGAAUGUAUAGUUUAAACAUUUUACUUGAAUUAUUACAUGUUAAGAGUACAUGGUAUAAAUGUUUGAAUUUUUUUUUCGAACAUUAACUUAUAUUCUCAAAACGUUUCUUUAUUAAUUGUUUAUCUACUGUGAUUAUGACUUAGGAUUAUUAAUUUAAUAAUAUAUUUAUUAUUAUUAUUAUUAUAAUUAUUAUUAUUAUUAAUAUCUAUAUGUGAACGAAUUUAUACCUUUGGACUGCAUUUUAACUUUAAAUCUAUUGUAAUAUUGAAUCGUGUUUUU